AUGGGUGUCCGUAUCGCUACGCAACAAGACAUCCCCGCGUUGAAGGAGAUCAUCCUCAGCGGGCUGUCAAAUGAUUCUGUCUGGCUGUACUGCUACCCCUCAGCAGGCCGUUCAGAAGCCGCCUCAAAUCAUGUCGAGACGGUUCUGAAGAGGAUCAUUGACGACAACAGCAAGAAUUGGCAUUGCUACGUAGUCGAUGCUCCCAAGACUCACGACCCCGUGUCCCUUGCGAUUAUCCAGUCGCUUCACCAGAACGAAGACGAUGGAAAGGGCAUCACCGAACAGAUCCAGCGAGUGUUUGGACUGUCGGAAGACCCCAGCAACGGCGAGAGCACAAGCAAGACGGCAAAGAGAAUUGCCGCACUGCAAUCAGGCAUCACGCAGACUCAGCAGACGUACCUCGCCCGCUACGACCAAGUUAUGUUCCUCCAUGCCGUCAUCACGCAUCCCCACCACAAGCGCCAAGGGUACGCCAAGACGCUCUCCAAGCAAACCCUGCAGGUAGCGCGUCAGAAGGGCGCCGUUGUUGCAGCCCUCGCCAGCCCCUUCAGUGGCUACGUCUUCUACUCGGGCACCAGCUUCUCCAACUGCGGCCGCACAAAGGUCGAGACCGACAACGACAUUGAGAACCUCGAGCUGCAGAUCAUGGUCUGCACUCCCCCCAAGCCCCUCGAGCAGAGGAGGAGCUCCAUCAUGGACUUUUGGGGAGGGGCUAAGAAGGCAUCGCCCGCCGGGAGCAGGCGUUAG